AUGUCUGAAGUUUAUUCUUUGUUUUUAAUGGAGGCUGUCAUGCAGAAUAAUGGUGUUCUUUCACUUGAAGAUGCCUGGCGCUGCUUCUUUUUGCAGUUUCCUAAUAUAUGGAAUAAUUAUAUUGACUUUGAGUCAUUUGUGCUAUCACAACACGUACUAUUCGAAAUUCACAACAAUUACGUUUAUCUGAAAGACCUGCAAACCGCCGACCCUAGCGUUCUUGUUCCUACCGGUUCUAACACUGUGAUCCAACUUACACCUGCAACUGUGUAUCCGCCACCUUUGCUCCAAUCGCAAACUUUUUCUGCUGAAACUGAGGCUGUUAAGUAUUUUCAACGACAGAUUAGUCGACGAAAUGAGACGUGGAUCCCCAUAAAGAGUCUGGCAGGCCACCUUUCUCAAGCGUCCCCUUCAAUUCGAGCAGUUGUUGGGCCGCAGUCGGAUUUUAUGUCUUUCCUAUUGCGUCAUCCCCGUGUUUUUGAGGUUCAAGGUGACUUAGUGAGCCUACGUGAUGAUCUUAAACUUAACCUCCUCUUACGCCCGACGUCGCAUUUUCGACAGAGUGCUUCUAGACGAAAUCGACCCCAGUCAAUGCUUAUUCCGUCACCUCCAUGUGCAGUUCAUGGAGCUAUUGGCAUAUCAGACUACUUAAACAUACACCCACUGACUUUGCAAUCAAGUCAAAACCCAGCACAUUACCAGUCUUCGUCAGUGUCCCCGGGUGAACAGAAAUCGCCAUUUACUAUUUUCAUAUCGGUACUCGACUACGUUGCUGUGAUGUGGCUACGCAAGACGCUCAACAAAUUUGGCGGUUCAUCGAAACGGGGCGUUCCUUUGCAAACUUUGAUGCAAGAGCUUAUUUCGGCACCCAAGAACGUCAGGGAUGCCACCGGCUGGACUCAAAUUGAGGUUACGGAAUUCCUUUCGAAAUUUUCCCAACUUUUUGAAGUCGAUGAAUUAGCGUGCAAAAACAAAUUGCUGGAUAAAUCGAACACAACUUUUGUUAUUGUGGACUCUACGGGUACCGACAGUAACGUCUUAUCGCUUGUUAAUCGGAAAGGUGUCGCUUAUUGCGUAGCCAAAUCCUGGGGAAUCAUUGAUCUUGGUCAACAUGAACAUGUCUUUUUUGACCGGUCUCUGUUCAAACAUGUCGAAAAUUUGACAAAGCACUUUACGGUUGGCGAGACUCUUUACUUUAAUGCGAUUCUUGCGCCGAAAGAAUCUCGCGCUAAAUGGCGUGCCACCCACGUGUGGAAGGAGUCCGACGUUUUGGCAGCUCAGCUCUCAGGACUUGUUCUGCCAACCGAGCAUUGUCCCUCAUCUUCAGAAGAAAACUCUGAUUCCGGCGUUCAGGAUGCCACCGUGAAGAAAUCGCCGACCGCCGACUACAAUGCUGCGCCUGAUUUCGAAAAGCUUCUUAUUGACCCUGAGUUCAAUGUCGUUCGGCUUGACACCACCGGUACAGAUAAGCUGCUCAUCUUGCAAGAGCCGGAGAACAUUGCGGACAGCGACGAUGAUGAGCUAGGUGGUGAACACAGUGACCGCAGCAGCUCGGAUCUGAACACCAUGUCCGAUAUUCCCAGUAUCUCCUCGUGUUUACCAGACGCUGGACAUGCGCAGGGGUCAAAUGCAGCCCCAGGUGAGAGUUUUGUCUCGUCGGGCACACAGACUUACUCAACUGGGGACAUCCUUGCAAAGCAAGUUUACCACGAAGGUAUUUCCAGUGCGUAG